CCUUGCUCCGGUUUCCUCCAAUGAUGGUCAGCAGGCGGAACGCCGUCUACAGCCGAGCCCGAGUCUACGCUCUCCCGGGGUCUGGGGCUCUCCGCCUCGCAUCACGCAGACGCAGCACUGGGCAGCCCUUUUCGGCCCUAUCCCGCCUCUCCCGCGGCUGGUUCUGAAUGAGCCGUGCGCUGCGCUGGGGGGUCGCGGGCUGGGGGACACUAGCUCUAUAGCCUGGGGGCAAAGUUGGGAGCCCCGGAAGGCUGGGGUGCGGCCUGAAGUUGUGCCUCCGGGCCCCUGUCUGGGGCAGGCUGAGUGCGCGGGGAGCAGGACCAUGGAGGUGGAGGAAGCGUUCCAGAUGGUGGGAGAGAUGGGCAUCUACCAGAUGUACCUGUGCUUCCUGCUGGCCGUGCUGCUGCAGCUUUAUGUCGCCACGGAGGCAAUCCUCAUUGCACUGGUCGGGGCAACGCCUUCCUACCACUGGGACCUGGCUGAGCUCUUGCCUAAUCAAAGCCAUAGCAACCAGUCAAGGACGGAAGACCAAGCCUUUGGGGAAUGGUUCCUGACAGCCAACGGAAGCGAGAUGCAGAAGCAUGUCCAUUUCAGCGGCAGCUUCACCUCCAUCGCCUCUGAGUGGUUCUUAAUUGCCAACAAGUCAUACAAAGUGAGCGUGGCCAGCUCAUUUUUCUUCAGUGGUGUAUUUGUGGGAGUGAUAUCGUUUGGCCAACUUUCUGAUCGUUUGGGGAGGAAAAAGGUCUAUCUAACAGGUUUUGCCCUUGACAUCCUGUUUGCCAUUGCGAAUGGAUUUUCCCCUUCCUAUGAGUUCUUCGCCAUAUCUCGAUUCCUAGUAGGAGUGAUGAAUGGAGGGAUGUCGCUGGUGUCCUUUGUUUUGUUGAAUGAAUGCCUGGGCACUGCCUAUUGGGCACUAGCAGGAUCCAUCGGUGGACUGUUUUUUGCAGUGGGAAUUGCCCAGUAUGCCCUGCUAGGAUACUUCAUUCGCUCCUGGAGAACGCUUGCAGUUGUGGUUAACCUGCAAGGAACGGUGGUCUUUCUCUUGUCAUUAUUCAUUCCUGAGUCUCCCCGGUGGUUAUACUCUCAGGGCCGACUACAGGAAGCAGAAGAUGCCCUCUACCUCAUUGCCAGCAGGAACCGGAAGCUCAAAUGCACUUUUUCCCUGAUGCCCGCAGGAGAGGGGAUCUCCAAAGAGACCGGCAGUUUCCUGGACCUGUUCCGCUACAGGAUCCUCUUGGGGCACACUCUGACCAUGAUGUUCAUCUGGUUUGUAUGCAGCUUAGUUUAUUAUGGCCUAACCCUCAGUGCCGGAGAUCUGGGUGGAAAUAUUUAUGCUAACCUGGCCCUAUCAGGACUGGUAGAGAUUCCCUCAUAUCCAAUCUGUAUCUAUUUGAUAAACCACAAAUGGUUUGGUCGCAAGCGGACAUUAGCAGUUUUUCUGUGCCUUGGAGGACUGGCCUGUCUUAUUGUCAUGUUUCUUCCUGAAAAAAAAGACACAGGCGUGUUUGCAGUGGUGAAUAGCCGUUCUUUGUCUUUAUUAGGGAAACUGACCAUCAGUGCUGCUUUUAACAUUAUUUACAUCUAUACAUCGGAGCUUUAUCCAACGGUCAUCAGGAAUGUUGGACUAGGAAUGUGUUCGAUGUUUUCCCGAGUUGGUGGGAUUAUUGCACCCUUCAUUCCCUCACUGAAAUAUGUGCAGUGGUCUUUACCUUUCAUCAUAUUUGGGGUGGCUGGCCUGUCCUCUGGGCUCCUCAGUCUAUUGUUGCCAGAAACCCUAAACAGACCUUUACUGGAAACACUAUCUGAUCUCCAAGUGUAUUCAUAUCGGAGGCUGGGGGAUGAAGCAUUAUCUCUGCAAGUACUGGAUCACACACUGUCUGAAGACAAGGAGAGCCCAGAUGACAGUGAAAGUUAUGAAGAAGAGUUCUAUGAUGCUGAUGAAGAGACUCAGAUGAUCAAAUGAGGAAAUCAAGGUCUUUUCCAUAGUCCUCAAACCAUCUUUCAUGCCUCUGGCUUCAGACAGAUUUCCCAGUGAACCCAGAAAAGAGUAGUAAACAGCAAUAGGAUGAAGGUAGACAGUGCUCCUCUGGACUCUGAAAUCUCCUUUGGGACAUGAAGAGAAGUAUGAGAGACAUUUCCACAGCAAGGAAAAUUCUGAUAUUCUCAUUGGAAAAGCAUCCUAAACUUUUCUUGGACUUGAGAUUAGCUUAAAUAUGUGACUCACUGGCCAAAGAGCAUAAAUCUGUGUUCGUAAAUGACAAAGGACAUAUUUCAAUAAGUUGAAUCUUAGGAAUAUCCUUCUGCCUGAAGGUGGAAGUGUGAAUUUGUCUUAUCAUUUUGAUAGGCUAACAGGUACAUCCUUAUCGUUAUUUAAUGUUAAACAGUAUUUAUUGUUUAUUCUUACUAGCACUCCUUCCUCAUCAGGCAGAUAAGUGUUUCCCUUUUCACUGGAGAUCAAUGGUAAAGGUGCCAGGAAAGGAAAUGAUAUGCCUGAAAGCUCAUAAUUGUUUAGUGGUAAGGCUCAAAUUUUGAGCUUCUAGCUGAAUUCUAAACCUAAAGAUCAGGGGUUCUUAACUUGGGGUCCAUGGACCACCCCCAAGUCUUUGAACAGAUGUCACGGACUCUAGGAAACUGAAAGAAAAAAAAUUAUGUCUAAUUUAAUUAGCCUCUAAAUCUCCUUCAAUUGUGAAAAUCGACCAUAAAACAUGAUUCUGAGAAAGGGUCUGUAGAUUUCACCAGUCUGCCAAAGGGGUCCAUGCCAAAAGAAUGAGAAUUCUUGUUAAAGAUUUACCUUAGCUACACGUGCCUUUAAUUGGAGAGAUGUGAGAUAAAUAAAAAUUAACCCACUCAAAGAAGCUUUCUGAAGUUUUAGCGGUUUGGCUCCCACUGAUGAGGGACUCAUAUUACCUCUUUCACAUCUCUGCUACAUUACCCUAGAUAAGCCAUUUAAUGUUUCAUGGCUUCAGUUUUCUGAUUUGUCAAAUGAGACAGGACCUGUGGAGCAAUGGCGUGAAUUCAAAUAGAAAGGAAAUCCACUAAACUAUGUAUAAGGAUCUCUGAGAGCUGCAUAUCGACUUAGAAAACCACAUAUUAACAAUAUAUAAGUUCUAUUCAAUUUUAUUUUUAGUGAAAUAUUUACCAAUUAUACGUUUUUGUUUUUUUUUAAUUUUCACCUUCCAUCUUAGAAUCAAUACUAAGUGUUGGGUUUAAGGUAGAAGAGCAGAAGGGUCAAGCAAUGGAGGUUAAGUGACUUGCCAAAGAUUACAUAAAUAGAAAGUAUCUGAUGUCUGAUUUGAACCUAGGACCUCCUGUCUCUGGGCAUGGCUCUCAAUCCACUAAACUACCUAGAUGCCCCCCAAUUGCAUUUUAAUCUGGCCAGAGCUACACUGAGUAGUGUUGUGGGACCAGGGCUCAUGGACCACAUGAUUGACAUCUCUAUUCUGAAGGAGUAUCUUUUCCAGCCCCCAGAUCUUUCUGAUUCAAUGGAAUGAUUUCUGGAGCAGCUGGAGGAUCUUGUUUGGAAUUAAGGCCCCCCAAAAGUAUGCAUAAAGGGAACUAGGGAGUAGAGCCUGAUUCUCCAUGAAGGGGAAUACCUAAAAGGGAUGGAUGUUUCUAGCUUUGGGGAAGAGAGCAUAUGAUCUCUGUCAGCUGGCUUUUAGUUUGUCUUGACCUUAAUCUGUAUUGCUAAUUGACAAGCUCAGACAUUACCUCUCUGACUUCUACUUUCCAUAGUUGUUUUCCAGAUUGCAUUAGAAGUUCAUUGGAAAUCAAUGGGCCAUAGAUGCUGCUGCUCCUGCUGCUGCUUCAGGAGCCAACAUGAAUGGCACAUAGUUCCCUGAAUACUUUCCUUUGGAAAAUAUCAAAGUUGACUUGUAAAGAUUGCUUUCUAUAGCACACCUUAAGAGAUGUUGUGUGUUAACUCUGGCACAUACAGUGUUGAGUUGGGUGGCUUUCCAGGAAGAGAAGAUUCCCUUGUUUUCUAUGAAAACAAUAGCAUUGCAAGAACAUUUCAAAGGAGGAUGACAGGAAUCCCCAACAACCUUGCUUUCCAGUUACUGUGUCUUGCUGAUCCCUGGAGAAAUCCUAGAGAAGAGGUUCUGUUCUUGGGAAAUUUUCAAGGGAUCACUGAACUUAAAUGAGAAGUAAAUUACAUCUUCAUUUCCAUAUAUUUGGUGCCUUUUGUUAUUGUAUAUUUUUUAUGUUAUGCAUUUAAAAACAUGAUUCUGUGGAAUAAACUCAUGAGUGUCCACCUCCAGAAAAAGACUUGAUAAAUAGAAACAUGAAAAACACAGUUUAUAUAUGCUUUUUUUGUCAAGUAUAAGGAGGGGAAGGAGGAAGGGAGACACCUGGGAAUUUGAUGGAACCAACAAACAAAUAAAUUUUUUUUAACAAAACAUGAUUUUGAGAAGGGUCCCAUAGGCUUCACUGCUCUUCCAAAGGAGUCCAUAAGACAGAAAAUGUUAAAAAUCCCUGUCCCCCAAACCCAGCCCCUCUGGACUUCAGACUCACAUCCCCCCAUCCCUUGCUUCAUUCUAUCAAUAUGACUAUGUUUAAGUUGCAUAAAAUUAAGUUCAAUUCUUCUUUAUUUUUCUUAUAUCUUUUUAAUGUAUUUUUCUUAAUAUUGCCAAUUCUAUUUUAAGUUAUUUGGGACCAUUUCUCUUCUCACUGUGCCUGGUUGUUAAGUCUAGGCCAGUGACAAACUGGGAAAUUUGCUCCCAUCUCUAUCUCUAAUUUCUAAAAGGAGGAGCCCUGGUGAUCCUUAGGAUCAUUUUCAUUUUCUUAGCCCCUGCUACUAAAGGUGCCUUAGGUUAUCCUGGCUCAAAUCCAUGAAUUAUGGAGUCCCAAGAGAAUUCUUUGGGAUUUGGAGAAAUCUAACCAAGCUUCUUCUGCCAUUGGGAGGAAAAGAGUCUUCAAGUAUGAGCCUACACUCCUUUGUAAUGGUCUGAUCUCAAUGGGGGCAGUAUUUUUUAUGGAGGUUCUUUUGGUCCUAGACCUGAGUCUCCACUGUCCAUAAUGGAUGCCAUUUUCCCAUGAACUUCAGUGGCUAGGGCAUGACAGUGCUUAUAUCACUCACUUGCCAGGGAGCUGCUGCUGAAUAAAAAAAAAAGUCCUUUACCCCAAAGAAGUGCUGCCAUCUCUUCCAUCUUUCGCCUUCUCAGAGUGCAUCAUAUGAAUAUCUGUUCCAUUAACUAAUUUUUGAGGAAUAUUGACUUUAAGGAUACUCUAGUGGGUGAUACUGCAUACAAAAGUACAGAUAUAUGUGGUUUAUUUCAGGGUAAACUAAAAAUUCCUUUUGUUCAUUCAGUGUUGUGCCUACUUGCAGUCAUUUGGGUGAAACAUUUUUUUCUGAUUGUGUGUCCAAAAUAAGUUCUCAUUUCUCCUGAAAAACAACAAUAAAAAAUCUCAGGUAUCCCAGUGUUCCCUGGGCAGAAGGAUCAUAAACAGGUUGCCCAGAACACAAAGGUCUGUUGAAGGGAUAUUUCCCAUUUGGGAAGAUAGUAGUUUAUCCCUGGGAUAACCUUUUGCCCAUACAGCCUCCAGUGUGGUGGGGCAUUUCGGUUCCACUCAACUUAGCAAAUAUUCAUUGAGUGAUUUCUACAUGUAAAUCACUGUACUAGCAUGGGGGACACAAAUGUGAAAAAUGAUGGCCUUUGUAUACACAAAGAUGCAAUGGGAUGGUCAAAGGAGCAAUCAAGGACUUGAAGGGGGAGAGAUGACUCAUUUGGGAAGCCUCAUUUGAUCAUUCUUUAGAAAGCAGGCAUUCCUCAGUAUUAAAUGAUAGACCAGCCACAGUUGAUAUCAAUAAACAUCACCCAAUCAUGAGGAUCAUAAGGAUCAUGAUCCUUAGACUGGCCUAAUUAAUUGAGAUUUUGGGGGUAGCUUUCUAUUCUUACUGAACAUGUAAUUGAUAUCUUUGUUGCUGUGUCCAGAUAACUUGUAAUUUUAUUCUUAACGUGUCAUCCCUCCCCAGGUAUACCUCGUUUAAUCAUAUUUAAUAUUGGGAGAGUACAAAGGACUGAGGAAGCUUUAAUACAUGAAUUCAAUGUUGUCAUUCUUUGAUCAUUUAAUGAAGGAUCCCAGAAUAUUGAGCCAUUUUGUUCUUAUACAGCAUGUCAGGAUGGUGUACUGGUGCCUUUUGGGAUGUGGGCUUUGGCAGAGUUUGGUCAGAGUUGAGGUACAGAGAAAGACAAGAUAGCACCAAAAGUUUUGUCUUCACCACUCCCAAGAAAAAAUAAAAAUCAUUUGAAAACAUAA